UCGCUCGUUCUCCCCAGCAGAGAGCGCCAGUUGGACUUGGUACACCCCAGCUGAACGCAUAUGCUCGCCAAGUUUACCAAGACAUGAAUACACAGUCGCCUACUGAAUUCGUCCACAGCAGCAGCCUUUCUCGACCGAAUCCGAUCUUACAACACCCACAGCCUCGACGCAACUCCUUCUCAGCAACGGCAGGUCACCGACGCCAGUCUUCGAUGGGCAGCAACCUUGGUGAUUCGUUCACGAAGUACGAUACAAUGACACCUGCGAGUACCACUCAGCCCUCUUCUCCCCGGAACCCUUCAAGUCUGGGACAACCCACUUCGAACCCUGGCGGAACUGCUUCCAAGUUGAAUCCACAGCUUGAAGAGCCGCCAGAUGGCGAUGAGAAGGCUAUUACAGCGGAAACAAUCCUCGAGACUAAGCUCUCGCCAGAGGGUGCCGGUCAGGUGGAUGAAGACAUAGUUCCGCAUGAACAAGAGGAACCUGACGAUGAACUUGCAGAGAAGAUGCGAGCGGAUAAAUCCCAUAUCGAUGCAGUGCUUGAUGGUAUAUUUGCGGAGUUGAAAGUGCAGCUUAAUGACGCAGUCACACUCCAAGGUGGCGAAGAUUGGGGAGAAAAGGACUUGGACCGCGGUGUGCCAUUCAUGAAGGCUAGCAUAUUCAACGACCAAGCUCAGGUUGACGAGUGUGCAUCCCUCGGUGGAGACCAAAAGGGACAACGUUUGGUGUUGCUCUCCCAUGGCAAUCGAAUGUUAACGUCAACAAAAUAUGCAGCACAGGUCCUUCAAGACGACCAUCAAAACGUCGAUCGUUAUAAAAUGUAUCCGGAAGUACCACCGCCGGACGCUGACAAAGUCUUCUUGAUGUACCCCAACAUGUUGGGCAUGAUGAACAUGAGAGGUAUCCACCGGGAUACGGCCGCACUGGACCUCGUCCCGUCCCCCGGAUGGUUUGAUCAGUACUUUCCCAAGGGUAUUGACGCUAAAUUGGUAAGUGAUACCCCACCGAGGCUUUCCCGAACAAGGAUGGCUAAUUCGAUCAACAACCUAGUGGUACGAUCAGAUUACAACCCUCGAGCAGAACAUUGACCUAUGGCUUCCGCUGCCUCUGCUUUCCCUGAUGAGUUGGUUCGGCGAUACACCUUACGGCAUUGCAAUCGACUGUCCC